AUGCAAAAUUUCCGCCUCUGUAGGUUCUUAAUCUCAAGGUUCGUAUACGCUGGUGUUUACUGUACCACUGAGAUACAGAGAUUUUUUAAACAGAAACAUCUGUUAUCUGAUAUCUUUAUGGGUGUGGUGUACUACCAGAGACUGCGGCACAUGGUGGCAGACAAAUUCCAGGUCCGAACAACGGGGCCCAUAGACGCACUGACGCACCAGCCUGUCCAGGGUCGUAAGCGGCAGGGAGGUAUCCGUUUCGGAGAGAUGGAGAGAGAUGCGUUACUCGCCCACGGCACUUCCUUUCUUCUCCAAGAUCGCCUUUUCAACUGCUCCAAUAAAACUAUGGGUCACGUGUGCACACAAUGUGGUAGCCUUCUUUCGCCACUUCUAGACAAGCCUCCAGUCGAGCUGGCAGCGGCGGCCGCCUACUGGGAGCGCCGUUGGUACUGCAAGCCAUGUGAGUCGGGCGAGCACAUUGAACUCCUUGCUUUCCCUUACGUGUUUCGAUACCUCGUAGCCGAACUAGCCGCCAUGAACAUUAAGACUUCGCUCGAGAUAAAGAAGGUCGGAGCCGACAGCUAAGCGUCCAUGGAUGGUUCGCGUAUUUGUAGGGCUGCGUCUUUUGCAUUGAGCAGAAGAUGAAGACAGUGAUAUCGAUAACAUAGCCUGCUUGCCGGCUCUCAUUCGAAGUUAUUCGAACACUCGCGCGCGACAGGGGUUCCAAUUAUUCGAAAACAAAGCAUUUCCGAAUAUCGGCGAAUGCGAGCCGGCUAGCGUAGGGUACUGAUAGGAACCAAUGUAUUGUAAAUACAGGAAUAGAGAAAUAAGACAA